CAGGCGCAGAGGCCGCGGGCCGGGCCGGGGGCCUCAGGAAAGAAACAAAACACUAUUUGUUGUGUGAAGAAUGGCCUGGAAAAGAGAAAGAAGUGGGGGUCCAUGCAGGAAACGGUUGCAAAAGCCCAGAUUUUAUUUAUUUAUUUGAAAGAGCGAGUGAUAAAGCACAAGUGGAGGAAGGAGAGGGAGAGGGAGAAGCAGACUUCCUGCUGAGCAGAGAGCCCAACAUGGGACUCAACCCCAGGACCCUGGGACUAUGACCUGAGCCAAAGAAUGUUUUCAAACCACUGCCCAGGGCCGACCAGGAUGCUGAGUGACCCAGGUGUCUGGGUGGAGACCUGAGCUGGGAGAAGGAAGAUGCUCCUGGAAGGAGCUUGCAGCUGAUAGCAGCAUGGACAAGAAAACCCAGGAUGGCAGCAGAGGCCCCCGCCACAGAGCACUGCCCCCAGCUGUGGGGCUGCUGCUGUCCAUGGCACUCAUGAACGCACUCCUCUAUCUCUGCCUUGACUGGUUCUUUGUCGCCCCUCCGCGCUCUUCUCCAGUCUCCACCCAUUGUCCCCACGGACACUUCAGAAUGGCACAGAUGAAAAACUGUUCACCGUGGCUGUCUUGUGAAGAGCUUAGGACCGAAGUGAGGCCACUGAAGCGCAUCGGGGAAGGAGCUGUGAAGAGAGUCUUUCUCUCUGAGUGGAAGGAGCGCAAAGUUGCGCUCUCACGGCUCACCAGCCUGGAGAUGAAAGAUGAUUUCCUCCAUGGGCUGCGGAUGCUGAAGAGUCUACAGAGUAAACACGUUGUCACCCUGCUUGGCUACUGUGAGGAUGACAGCACCAUCCUCACUGAAUAUCACCCCUUAGGCUCCUUGAGCAAUCUGGAAGAAACGCUGAACCUUUCCAAGUACCAGAACGUGAACACGUGGCAGCACAGGCUGCAGCUGGCUGUAGAUUAUGUCAGCAUCAUCGACUACUUGCACCACAGCCCCCUGGGCACACUGGUCAUGUGCGACUCCAGCGACCUGUCCAAGACGCUGUCCCAGUAUCUGCUGACGAGUAACUUCAGCCUUGUGGUGAACGACCUGGACGCCUUGCCCCUGGUGAACCGCAGCUCCGGGGCGCUUGUCAAGUGUGGCCACAGGGAACUGCAUGGGGACUUCGUGGCUCCAGAGCAGCUGUGGCCAUACGGAGAAGACACACCUUUUGACGACAAUCUCAUGCCCCCCUAUGAUGAGAAGAUUGACAUCUGGAAGAUUCCAGACGUCUCUAGUUUCCUUCUGGGGCACGUUGAAGGGAGUGAUAUGGUCCGAUUUCAUUUGUUUGAUAUUCAUAAAGCAUGUAAGAGCCAGACUCCUGCAGAAAGACCCACUGCUCAGGAUAUUUUAGACACUUACAAGAAGGUUUUGAAUUUACUCAGAGAUUCUGUGAUGUCUCAGACAAGAGAAAUGCUCUGAAAGCCAGUCCUAGCAGUGAAGGAUGGCUUUUAAGGAACAGAUAGAAUAGUUCCAGCAAUUCUUGCCCUGACAGUGAGGGUUUUGCUGUUCAGCCCUGUGGUUCUUCCUCUCUACAUCUACACGCACAUGUGAGCGUUGUUUAUCACCAGGGGACUUGGGCAGCAAUUGCUGAGGCAAACUGGGUUUGGUUUGAGUCUGGCCUCACUCUCAAUGGGGAUCACGCCCAGCCAAAGAUGGGCAAAGCAGUGAAUCUAGCCAGAUCCGAAGGAAGUAACAAAACUAGCCACAAAGAGGCUUCACCUACCCUAAUUACUGAAUUUGUAAGCUUUAUAAGAACUGGGUAUGGAAAAGAUUUCUAAAUGACAGGAUAUGAAAGAAACAUGCAGUAGUUUGCCAAAGAAUUUUUCUUCCUCAUUUUUUUAGAUGGUAAUCGACAUUACCAGGGUCAUAGGAGUAUUUGUGAUCUGUUUCACAUGGUAUUGAUGAAGCCAUCUUUAGCAUUUUAAAUGAUCGUUUAAAUGUUUAUUUUAAUGAAUGUGAAGCUCUUGUGCCAUCCUCUUUCCAGAAAUCUGAAGAACUACGAUAGUGUGCCCUCUGAAGUUUUAAAUGGAUGAGGAAUAUUUAGAAAAGCAAGUAUGAGGGAAAUUACAUCGAUGUUAACUGCCUUGGACGAUGCUUAUGAAAUUCCUGCUGACCUUUCAGCUAGGUUUUCUGUGUCCAAAAUCAACAAUUUCUUUUAAAAGAUUUUAUUUAUUUAUUCAUAGAGACACAGAGAGAGAAUGAGAGGCAGAGUCACAGGCAGAGGGAGAAGCAGGCUCCACACAGAGAGCCCGACGUGGGACUCGAUCCAGGGUCUCCAGGAUCAUGCUCCAGGCUGCAGGUGGUGCUAAACUGCUGCGCCACUGGGGCUGCCCCAAAAUCAACAAUUUUUUAAAAAGAUUUUAUUUAUUUAUUCAUGAGAAGCACAGAGAGAGGGAGAGAGGCAGAGACACAGGCAGAGGAAGAAGCAGGUUCCAUGCAGGGAGCCUGAUGUGGGACUCGAUCCCGGGUCUCCAGAGUCACGCCCUGGGCUGAAGGCGGUGCUAAACUGAUGGGCCACCAGGGCUGCCCCAAAAUCAACUACUAUGAAAAAUUUACAUCAACAAUAUCACCCAUUACUGAAAAGUGGCAAACCCUUCCACUUGAGUUGCAUGAUGGGAUCCUUUAGAAAGUUCUUUCUUGGUGGCUAUGAUCCUCAUGUGCAGAGGAUGGUGGAUUUGGUGUGUAUUAAUCACCACUAAUAAAGUGGUUAAAGCUGACAUUGAGGGUUAAACAUGCCCUGUAGCAGCUGCUGCCUCCCUUGAACUUGAGCAAGUGUCAGAAUCACAAGGCGCUGGGUGCGCCCGCCCCCCCCCCCCCCCCCAGACUCCAACUGGGUCUGAGGUAGAGUCUGAGACUUUGCAUUUAACUGGUGCUGCUGGUCUUGGGACUCUAUUUUGAGAGCCACUGUCCUAACCAGUUAGGGAGGGUACCACAAACAGUAGAAUAGGGCAGUUUAAUUAGUAUUGUUAACAUUCUAGUCUACCUCUUGGGCUGAUGGAGUCAUAUGGUGGAUCUGAGAAUAUGCUUGCCUGGAGUAUUUUAACUGUCCCUUUUUGUUACAAAAACUCUGCCACAGCCAGUCAGGAUGGCUGUAAUCAAGAUGAUGGGUGAUAACAAGUGUUGUUGAGAAUGUGAAGAAUUGGAACACUCUACAUUGCUGGUAGAAAUGUCAUGGUGCAGCUACUUUGAAAAACAAUCCAGUAGUCCCUCAGAAUUUAAAAAGAGUUGCCAUGACCCAGCAAUUCCAUUCCAGGUAUUUACCCAAGACAAUUGAAACAUGUCUACAAAAAAUCUUGUACACAAACAUUUGUAGCAAUAUUCAUAAUAGACAAAAGAUGGAAAUAACCCAGAUGUUCAUCAGCUGGUGAAUGGAUAAAGAAAAUAUGGUAUCCAUACAAUAAGAUUCAGCUGUAAAAAGGAAUGAAGUACUGACAUACUCCAACAUGGAUGAACCUUGGAAACAUUCUAACUGAAAGAAGACAGUCACAAAAGACCACAUUUUGUAUGCUUCCAUUUAUAUGAAAUGUCCAGAACAGACAAAUACAUACAAAUAGAAAGUAGAUUAUUGGUUGCCAGGGGCUGGCAGGGGGGCCAGGCGUGAUGAAUGGGGGGUACUUACUAUUGAGUACAGUUUCUUUUUGGGGUGAUGAAAAUAUUUGGAAAUAAUUUAGUCUUGGUUGUAAAACUCUGUAUUAAGUAACUAAAUUGUAUAAAAGGACAAAUUUUAUGGUAUGUGAAUUACACCUCAAUAAAGCUGAGGGAAAAAACCCA